GCUGUGGCUGGUUAUCUGCUACAGUGUUACCUUAACCUACAACGUCAACACCUCCCGUGGAUUAGUGGCUGAAGCUUGCUGCUUGCCUCAACCUCGACAGCCUACAUCUUCGCCUUGGGUCUACCAAGCUUUGACCGGGAGCUCUCGAAAACCUCUCCUUCGCCUCUCCACCUCCCAUAACGGACUCCUUACCGGCGCUCAAUCUUGCUCUCCAUCAGUGACUGGCGCCAUGGAUCCUCGAGAGUCUUCCUCGUACUCUAUUGUGCCUCGGGUUCGCUACAACACAGUCGCUGGUGUCAACGGCCCCCUGGUUAUCCUCGAAAACGUAAAGCACCCGCGAUACAAUGAAAUCGUCACUCUUACACUCCCCGAUGGAACGGAACGAUCUGGUCAAGUCCUCGAGGCCCGAGGCGACCGUGCCGUGGUCCAGGUCUUCGAAGGUACAACCGGUAUCGAUGUCAAGAAGACGAAGGUCGAGUUUAGUGGGCAGAGUCUGAAGCUCGGUGUCUCAGAAGAUAUGCUGGGUCGUAUCUUCGAUGGAUCGGGUAGAGCUAUCGACAAGGGACCUAAAGUCUUAGCUGAAGAAUAUCUUGAUAUCAACGGCAGCCCUAUCAAUCCUUAUUCGAGAGUGUAUCCCGAAGAAAUGAUUUCUACCGGUAUCUCAACUAUCGACACCAUGAACUCGAUUGCCCGUGGACAGAAGAUUCCUAUCUUCUCCGCCGCCGGUUUACCACACAACGAAAUCGCCGCUCAGAUCUGUCGACAGGCUGGCUUGGUCAAGAAAAAGGGAGCUACGAAUAAGGGUGUGCACGAUGACCACGAGGAAAACUUCUCUAUUGUCUUUGCUGCCAUGGGUGUCAACUUGGAAACCGCACGAUUCUUCACGCGCGAUUUCGAGGAGAACGGCAGUUUGGAGCGCGUCACUCUGUUCCUCAACCUUGCUAAUGACCCCACCAUUGAACGUAUCAUUACUCCUCGUUUAGCCCUCACCACAGCCGAAUACUACGCCUACCAGCUUGAGAAGCACGUACUGGUUAUUCUUACCGAUCUCUCCGCCUAUUGUGAUGCCCUCCGAGAAGUCUCAGCUGCUCGAGAGGAAGUGCCGGGUCGACGUGGUUUCCCUGGUUACAUGUACACUGAUUUGUCCACCAUCUACGAACGAGCCGGCCGUGUCGAGGGACGAAAUGGCUCUAUUACCCAGAUUCCCAUCUUGACCAUGCCGAACGACGAUAUCACCCACCCUAUCCCUGAUUUGACCGGAUACAUUACUGAGGGCCAGAUCACCGUUGAUCGUCAACUGGAUAACCGUGGCAUCUACCCUCCCAUUAAUGUGUUGCCAUCACUCUCUCGUCUAAUGAAGUCGGCUAUUGGUGAAGGUAUGACGCGGGCGGAUCACGGUGAUGUAUCCAACCAGCUCUAUGCUAAAUAUGCCAUCGGUCGCGACGCCGCGGCCAUGAAGGCAGUCGUCGGUGAGGAGGCGCUGUCAGCCGAGGACAAGCUGUCUCUGGAAUUCUUAGAAAAGUUCGAGCGUCAAUUCGUCGCCCAAGGCGCAUACGAGACUCGCUCCAUCUACGAUUCGCUAGACAUUGCGUGGAGCUUACUGCGCAUCUACCCUAAGGAGCUGCUUAACCGUAUCCCAGCCAAGGUCAUUCAGGAAUACUACCAUCGCUCCACAGAGCGCAAGGGCAAGGGGAAGGAUAAAAAUGACAAGGGCGUGCGGGACACGGACGGAGGAGAGCCAGAGGAAGAAAACCUUGUUGACGUAUAAUAGCAGGUCAAGGGGCAGGACAGUGACUAGAUAGGUGUGUAUCGUUAUAAGCGAUGGUGUCGUACAUUGCGGGGUCAAGGCCCUUUUUUCU